AUGAUGGAAUAUCAAAAGGUCGGAAGAGGAGGAGCUGGCAACUUUUACACUCCACAAGACGUGGAGAAGGCUUCCAAAGAGACUAGUAAGGACGUCGAAGCCCAGCGCAAUGCUGCCAGUGGAGGAAUCGAAGAUCUAGAGAGUCAGGGUCGCAGAUUCUCAACAUCUGGUCGUGGUGGUGCUGGAAAUUUUACGACGAGAGAUAUGCUAGCAGCAGGCACUACUGCGAAUAUUGAUGUCACUCCAUCGAUGCAGGAAAACAAGCCUCCAGAGCUAGGACACUAUGGUCGAGGAGGGGCUGGUAAUUACAGAACUCCAGAACCUGAGAAAAGAAGAGGAGAAAAAGAUACAUCGGAGGCUCGGGAGAAGGAUGUAGAGAUUGGAUUGACGGAGCCUGAAAAAGCACAUCUAGGGAAAGGAGGGUUCGAUUGUGAUGCCCACAAUUAG